ACUAAGCAGGACCUACAGCUCAUGUAUCAGAUGGUUUCACUCCAGUUGCUGCUGCAGAUUUGUGCAAAAGGGAGCUGGAGCUGAACACUCUGCAAACAUGGCCGCCAAGAUCCAGAGUCUGACCGAGGAGGAGAGGAACCACCUCCUGCCCCUGCUCCAGAACGCUCAGUGGGUGGAGGUGGUGGGCCGGGACGCCAUCUACAAGGAGUUCAUAUUCAAGGACUUCAACCAGGCCUUUGGCUUCAUGUCCAGAGUGGCUCUACAGGCGGAAAAGAUGGACCACCACCCUGAAUGGUUCAACGUCUACAACAAGGUCCAGAUCACCCUCAGCACCCACGACUGCGGAGGUUUGUCCCAGCGCGACAUCACUUUAGCCACGUUCAUCGACCAGGCGUCGCUGAUGUGAGAACGCAGACGAGCAGGACUGAAAACCCAAAGAAGAGCGACCGAAUCCUCACUUUACUGUGAACCUUGUAGCUGAAGUGUUUAAACAUGUUCAUUCCAUGUGUUUCCAGGUAACAUUUACAACUGUGGUGUCUUAUGUGCCAAAUAUUUUGUAAUAUUUUCUUGAACUUGAGUAAAACAUGACCCAGAUCCUAGUCCUCGUCACACUGAAAGCUUUUAUUGAAAACAGGACACGGUUAUGGUUGUGUAACUGCCUCAGGUCCUUCUGACUGAACAUGACCUCUGACCUCGGCAGAUACUUAACAAAACACAUGCGAUGGAGGACAAAUCUCAGAGUAUUGCAGUCCGAAAAGAGGAAUAACCAGCCGACUCGCACACAUUAAACGUUACACGCCUGACGUAUGUGUCUACAGUAUCUGUUCUGAAAGAGCAGUGAACUUUAAGGAUGUUUGUUCCGAAGCCGGAUCCCUGAGGAUGUCAGACAGAAACAAACCGCUACCCCUCAAACCUCUGAAGGCACCGAGCUCACAGCUCAUUAUUGCUACAAAAUGUUCCCGUGUCAUUAAACGCAGCACGAAGGAACGAGCCACAAACUCGCUGCCCAGUGCUGCUUAAAGAUGAACUUGCAUUAAAGGUUUUUAUUUAAAAAAGGUUUUUUUUUGCCAGUCAUUUGAGAACAUUUCUUCGGCGCAAAAGGGACUGAAUAAAAGAUUUUUUGCCUAUAACUGGGCGCGAUAUCUAUGAAUAAAAGGUGACAAUUAAUCGAUUAGUCGUCAAGUCGAUGAAUUGGUUCAAGACACAUUUGACUCCAACAUCUUAAAUUACAACAUUUUCUUAUCAUAUUUACUCAUUCUUGACUGUAAACUGAAUAUGUGAUGGUUGUAAACAGAGUUGAGUGAUUAUUUGAUUAAUCGAUUGUCAUGUACAUUCAUAACUGAUUAAUCAAGUACUUUUUGGAGGAAAUCACCUUCAGUCAAAUCAGCUUUUUUAACUUUAUGCUUUUUUUUGUAAUUUGACUAUUAUCGUGGAGCUUAAUUCUUAUUCACCAUUUUUCUUUAAAUUUUAUAGAAAAUAGCAAAUAAUUUUUGUGCUUUUAAUCUCAUCAAUAGAACUUUUGAAGCUUCUUAAUUGGGAAUAUUUUCAGUUUUCUUUCCAUUAAUGAAUAUUUCAGGGUUGUGACCAAAUGAGACAUUUAACAUCAGCAUUUUUUUUUUACCAAACAACUAAUUGAUUAAUCAAGAAAAUAGCUGACAGGUUAAUUAAAAGUUACAGUUAUUGUUAAUUCCAGACCUUGUUUUGGACCAAACAAGAACAAAUGAGCUCCUGAUGAACAACUAAUCGAUUAAUUGGAAAAUGCACAAUAAUCGUUACUUGCGGCCUCAGAGAAGACCUUGAGUCGUUAUAAAAGCUGUCAUAUCUGUUAACCAGGCACUGACUAAAAGACGGACAAAUAUCUUAACCUGAAGAUGAACUCGUCUGCAGUUCUGAUCACGGGACAUGAACCCAAAUACAUUCACAUCUAAUCUCUUUGACGACACACAAACACAAAUAAAUCCAUUAUUAAACAUGCAGUGGUCACACAAACGGCUGAAUUCCUUCCUGUCUUUAACCAUUAACAGCAGGGCAUUCAUUCCCCUCUGUGUCACUUCAUAAAAGGUAAGAUUACAUAUUGCACAAACAUGGGAAUCAUUAUUUCAUGGGAAAAUUCAGGAAAAAAAGCCCAUGAUAAAAAAAAAAAAAAAAAAAAAAAAAAGACGACAGGGAAGGAGAAGGCGUCGUUUCCAAUCAGUCUGUGCAUCAAAACCAAUGAAACAGUUUGUUUUCAGUAUCUAAGCACACGUACAGUCAAAUGCCCUCAAGGAUCGUGUUGUUAGAAAUGGAAAAAAAAAAAACACUAUCUGAGUGUGUCUGAAUUAAUGACAUUUGCAUUGAGUAGAAACUGAGGUAGAUUGAAUUAGGAGACGAAUGAAUAAAAAGGUGAUGGUGCGCAGGAAUCUCCGCAGACGACACAGGAAAUAAGGACGACGCAGACGACUGCAGACCGGAGUAGAAAAAACAGAGUUAGUCCUGUCUUAAUAAAAACAUGUUACAUUUCACUGCUUCUCAAAAUCUAAGAGCUUUGGAUUCCUCUAGUUGAUGUCUCCCUUAUCUUAUAUUUUUAUGGAACAGUAAAACCGAAAGCUCCCAAGUAUCCAAACCUCCCCCCCGUCUACGCUUCCAUCCGCUGUAGACGGGUCAUAAAUGCAAACCUAACGUACAAAAAUGUCUUAAUAAGUGCCAACAAACUAUGAUGUACAUGCUCAUGCUUACAGACGUCACACCCCCGACAUCAGAGCUGUAGAUUCAAGUGAUUCGCAGAUUAACCUGAUGUGUCGAUGCCGGGGCUUCGCAGUGCUUUUCAGAGAACUAUGAUGAUGAUGAUGAUGAUGAUGGGUCCAGUCUGGUACAGUACAUGGGGUUUCAUGCUAGAGGGCAGCACAGCGACUCUUAUAAGCGUUCAGUGGUCUAGUUUUUGCCAAAUCAUCACUUGGGAGUGAAUCAGUGACGGCUGCGAUGCUGAAAUGAUCCGACAAACAAACACAAAAU